CUACAGCACAUUCGUUCGUGUGUACAACUCCAGGUGGUCUGACGUCUUAAAGUUUCGCCAGGAGAAUUUGUUCGGCAGAUGCGAGAUUUGCUAUCUCCAAUCUCGACAGAUUGCGGGUUCAGAGUCUUUAGAAGUGAAGUUGGCUGCCGUCAAAACACUGCGUCAGCACCUUCAUGAUCAGUUCGUUGAUCGCUCCAUACAGUGGAGCCUCAAUGAACUCAGCCGCGACUACUCCUCCCAAACAUUGGUGAUCCUUACGGACGGAAUCGACCAAGCCAAAUUCCGGUUGCCAAAACACCCAGGCCUCCGUGCAGCGAGUUCGAUGCUUCUUGACCGUGUAGCCAGUUUUUUCCCUUUUAGUGUGUGUUUUUCACAUAAACGUCAGCGACUUUCUCCUCAGAAUACGCCACACGACUGA